AUGAGCGAAUCAACUGAUAUCAAUCCUGAAAAAGGAGAAAUUGAUGUAGAAAAAGAAAAAAAAGACACGAUUAAUGAUGAUGAUUCUCCAAUCCCGAUGGUUGCUGCGGCUGUUAGCACCGAAGAUGAUCCAAGUUUACCUUGCUUAACUUUUAGAUUUUGGGUUUUGAGUACGUUCUUCACGGCACUUGGUGCAGCGAUAUCCACAUUUUACUAUUUUCGUCCGAAUAGUCAAACUUACUCCGUCUUUUUUGUGUUGCUUAUAUCUUUUUUCUUGGGACAUGGGAUGGCCAAGGUGCUUCCAACGAGAAAAUUUCGAAUUUGGCGAUGGGAGUUUAGUCUUAACCCAGGUCCAUUCAAUAUCAAAGAACACGUUUGUAUAGUAAUAGCUGCAAAUACUGGAGGCGUAUCGGCAUACGCUAUUGAUGUCAUUUCCAUGCAAGAACUUUUCUAUAACACCCACAUACCCUUUUUAAAAGGUUUCUUUCUGCUUGUAAGUUCUCAAGUUUUGGGAUACGGAAUGGCAGGAUUUCUUAGAAAAUAUUUGGUUCGUCCAGCAAACAUGAUUUGGCCUGUUAACCUUGUAUACUCGACCUUGUUCAGUUCAUUUCACAACAGUAUGCCCGCAGCACGUCAAAAACUUCGAUAUUAUGCUAUUGUAUUUGUCAUUGUGUUCAUUUGGCAAUUUGUGCCGGUAUACAUGUUUAACCUCUUAACAAGCAUAGCUCUAUUAUGCCUAAUAUCUCCAUACAGUAAGGUGAUGAAUAGAUUAGGAAGCGGUUAUCAUGGUUCGGGAAUAUUAAAUUUUAGUUUGGAUUGGAAUGCAAUCGGACAAUUCGGACCAUUAUUUACCCCAUGGCAUGUAAUAUUUUUGUGGGUUUCGGUGAAUUAUUUUGUCGGUGCAAUUAUUGGUUCAUGGAUUAUUGUGCCAGUUGUAUACUACGCCAAUCUCUUUGAUGCAAAUAAAUUUCCUUACAUAUCUUCACAUCCUUUUGACAAAGAUGGAAAAAAGCAAGCGAUUUUAUGUUUAAAUUUAAAUAUUUUUCCGGAUAAAGACACGAAUAAUUACUUCAUGAUGCUUACUGCAACCAUAAGUCACGUUUACCUUUUUUAUGGUGAAGAAAUUUGGAAAAGAUUCAAAGCUAGUCGCAAAGAAGAAGAGAAAGAUGUUCAUUGCAGAAUGAUGGAUAAAUAUCCAGAGGUUCCAAAUUUUUGGUAUGCGGCAGUAUUUGUUAGCAUGGCAGCAAUUGCUAUUGCACUUGGAUACAUAAAUGAUGCGCAUUUACCAUGGUGGGCACAAUCACUGUCUAUUGCAAUUGCAGUGAGUAUGGUGCUUCCAAUCGGAGUGAUAACGGCGAUAUCAUCAAAUACCCAACUCGGUUUGAAUGUGAUAACUGAAAUGAUCUGUGGUUAUCUGCUUCCUGGCAAUCCUAUUGCCAAUGUGUACUUUAAAUUGUAUGGUUAUAUGGCAUUGUAUCAGUGUCUUCUCUUACUUUCCGACCUUAAGCUUGGUCAUUAUAUGAAAAUUCCUCCACGAUACAUGUUUAUUUCUCAAUUGUAUGCUACGAUCAUUGGAGCCUUUGUAAAUUAUUGGGUUUGCCAACUUAUUAUUCAAUACAAGCGACCAUAUCUUGAUAACACAGAAGUUGAUCCAACCGGCCAAUGGACAGCUAAUCAGUCGCAAAUUUUUAACACGGCAUCAAUAGUAUGGGGCUUGAUUGGACCAGCAAAAACGUUCGGGCCCGGUUCUUUUUAUCAACCACUACUUUGGGGAUUCGUAAUUGGGUUCGUUUUACCAAUCCCGAUUUACCUCUUACAUCGAAGAUUCCCAAAAGCUAGGUUUGAUUUGGUUAACAUACCAUUAAUUUGCACUGGUCUUAGUAUAAUUCCUCAAUACUAUAGAAAUUUUAUAAUUAUGGGAUUUUUGGCAAGUUUUAUGAGUCAGUAUUAUGCCUAUCGUUACAAGAAUAGAUGGUGGAAAAAAUAUAAUUAUGCACUUUCUGCGGCAUUGGAUAGUGCAACGCAAAUCGCUACGACGAUUAUCUUCUUUUGUUUUAGUGGAAUUGUUCAGAUACCGUUUCCAGAAUGGUGGGGGAAUAAUCAAGCAAGUGAAGGUGAAAGAUGCUUUGUUUCAGGUGAAAUUUGA